CUAAAAUCAACUAAUUCGUACAAACCUAAACCAACAAUAACCUCAUCUUAUUGUACAAUACAACAAAUUCCGUCAAAAUGACUACCACAUCAAUGGUUCAACCCAAGUUCUUAUCAAAGGCCGAUCAACUUGGUGUCGUCGCUGUUGGAUUCUCAGGUGGACAAUGUAAACCAGGAGUUGAUGCUGCACCUUCCGCACUUAUCAAAAGUGGUCUUUUGGAUCAACUCGAAGAGGAAUUGGGAUACAAACUUCACCAUGAUAACACUGUUCAUUCUUACAAAGAGUUGAUUCCUUCCGAGGAUCCAGAUCACCGAAACAUGAAGAACCCUCGCGGAGUCUCUGCAGUCACACAAAAGCUUUCUGAACAAGUUUACGAGCAUGCCAAGGAGGGUCGUUGUGUCUUGACUCUCGGUGGUGAUCACUCUAUUGCCAUUGGCUCUGUAUCCGGAACUGCAAAAGCAAUUCGUGAACGUUUAGGAAGGGAAAUGGCAUUGAUCUGGGUUGAUGCACAUGCCGAUAUCAAUACCCCAGAAACUUCGGGUUCUGGAAAUGUUCACGGUAUGCCCGUUGCAUUCUUAACACGUCUCGCACAAGAAGAGAAGCCAGAGAUCUUUGGAUGGUUGAAGGAUGAGCAUAUGGUCAGCGUAAAGAAGAUUGUUUACAUAGGUUUGAGAGAUGUUGAUAGAGGAGAGAAGAAGAUCCUCCGUGAUAACGGGAUUAAGGCAUUUAGUAUGCAUGACAUUGAUAGACAUGGUAUUGGCAGAGUUAUGGAAAUGGCACUCGGUCAUAUCGGCAACGAUACCCCAAUCCAUCUCUCCUUCGAUGUCGACGCUCUUGAUCCUACAUACGCUCCCUCAACUGGUACACCAGUUCGUGGAGGUUUGACCUUGCGAGAGGGUGAUUAUAUUGCUGAGUGCGUUCACGAGACUGGUUCUCUGAUCGCUAUGGAUUUGGUAGAAGUCAACCCUACACUUGAACCUGGUGUCAAUGAUAUUGGAGCACACGAAACUGUUAGAGCUGGAUGCUCUUUGGUUAGAUGUGCUUUGGGUGAGAGCUUGCUAUCGAGGUUGACUAUUUAUACAUUUGGUAUUGGAUUCCUUGGGUGGCCCUGA